UACUAUGAAUUGGAAUUGCUAACUGGUGGAUUUGUUCGUGUUGGUUGGGCCAAAGUCAGUCUUCCCGCGGAUGCUGUACUUGGCAUCCAUCCCUCCUCCUACGCGUUUGAAGCGCACACGAUUCACUGGUCAGGUUAA